CAAUAUAACAUGGAAAGAAAAAUUGGAAAUUUUAUUGCAGAUUGCAAAAGGCCUUAAAGCUAUUCAUAAUGCAAAUUUUACACAUCGAGAUCUUCAUAGUGGGAACAUAUUAUAUAAAAAACGUCAAGAUGCGCCAUGGUUAAUUGCAGAUUUUGGAUUAACGCAAGCUACAAACAAUAUUCCAUCUGCAAACAACGAAAUAUAUGGUGUAAUACCUUAUAUGGCUCCGGAAAUACUUAAGGAUGCUUCAUUCUCAAAAGCAUCUGAUAUUUACA